AUGCCUGUCUGCGGCCCCUGUCACGAUGCUAUUUGCGAAAUCUACCCUAAGGUGAGAGACAUUUAUCCCAAACGGGAAACUACCACGACCUACGCUCCAUUCGACGCAGGCGCUGAGGUAAAAUGCUGGAUCUGCGUCAAACACGCCGUUUUCCUGGAGGAACACUACCCCGCAGUCUAUCAGCGAUGGCUUAAGCAUGAACUGGUAACCACACUUCAAGUUGAAUCUGCUUACCUUGAGCAAGAAGCAAAGCCAAGGACUCGCAGAAGCCCGUCUGAAGAGCCCUUGCCACCUGACAGUCGCGGUCGUCAAAACAUGGAGGUCCGUCAGUUGAUCAUGUCUCGGAAUCACAGAGGCGGCAAAGGGUCAGGUUGUCUCAUAGAGGUCAAGUUUUACAGGCAAGGAGAAGUCCCAGAGACAAAGUCACAUGUGGAGGGGAUCGCCUCAAACCUUAUAAAUAUUCCUCAGAUCCAAGAUUGGAUCAGCAAUUGCAGACAACUACAUGCAGCAUGCUGCCCUUACCUGGGUGCAGCCUGGUAUCCCACUCGUCUGCUAGACUUGACUGGAAAUGGAGACAUGAUAAAUGUGAUUCUCACCCAAGAAGACAGACCCGUCGGACCGUAUAUGACACUGAGCCAUCGGUGGAGCAACUAUCAAUAUGAGAAGCUCACUUCUCAAUCGCUCAGUCGGUUCAGGCGCUGUAUAGAUACAUCUUGCCUACCACGGAUAUUCCAGCAAGCAAUUGAGGUCACAAAGUCACUGCAGAUUCGAUAUCUUUGGAUUGACUCACUAUGCAUUCUGCAAGAUACCGCCUGUGGGGACUGGGAGGUGGAAGCCUUGAAGAUGGGCGACGUCUAUGCAAAUUCAUAUCUGAACUUGUCGGCUUCAUAUGCGACUAACGAGGAAAAAAACCCAUCGAUUUUCUCCCCUGAGCCCUGGAAUCACGUCCUCCCCUCAGAACUCCAUUUGCUGGAUGACAAAGAACUGCGCAGUAACAUCUUUGUUGAUGGAUACUUAUGGAGUGAUGAGGUCCACGAGUCACCAUUGAUGGAACGUGGCUGGGUCUUCCAGGAGCGAUUCCUAGCACCACGCGUACUUCACUUUGGGAUGCGGCAACUUGCUUGGGAAUGUAACGAAGGAGGUGCACUUGAAAUGUUUCCGACCGGCCUACCACCACGUUUUGAGGAUAACUACAAAAAGGAUGUAUGUUGGCCUAUCAUGAAACCGAUGAACGUAUCCAGUUCAGAAGAGUUUUGCAGUCGCUGGCACGAGGUCGCAACUAGUUACUCGGCCUGUCACCUCACAUUCAAUACGGAUAAGCUUGUUGCUUUUGCCGGGAUUGCUAAGAUAGUCCAGUCCGCAAGGAGUGAUGAGUAUAUCGCAGGGACGUGGAAGAGCACUAUCAUAGCCGAUCUUGCGUGGUGGGUCUAUAAAGCCGACGGUGGUUUGUCUUCCGGCAAUCGAGCCGCUUACUGUGCGCCCAGCUGGUCAUGGCUUUCCUCGGAUAGGCAGAUAUGCUUCCACCCGUACCCAUCAGCACACCACAAACCAGAGUACUUCUGUCGCGUCCUGAAAGCUCCGGCAAGAGAGGAAGCCGGGGUUUCGGUGCUUAGUGCAAGCGGUAUUCUUGAGCUGCAAGGGAUGGUUCUUCCUGUUGAUUCUCUCGGAUGGUUCAAGAAGGAUAUCACAUCCUUCAAGAUAGGCUAUUUCCAGUUCGAUAACUGUGAAGGACCAGAAAGCACCAACUUCGAUUAUGAUGGGUCCAAAGCAGACAUCAAGAGUCUUGUGUCUCAACAGCAGCUUUAUAUGCUUCCCCUCUACGCAACUGGGAGACUGGUGGUUGGUAUUUUGGUCUCAAACCUGUUCACUAACCCAGGCUGGCGCAGAGUGGGUGCGGUAAGCAUCCAGUAUCAAAACAUUCCACCAGAACGCCAUGCUUCCCCUCCCAAUGGCUGGGUAGAGAUUCCUAAUUCGGCUUGGGUGAUCCAUAUUGAUGGGUAUAAGCUUUAUAAUGAUAUCUCUACAGCAUUUCAAGCAGAGAAGGUCACUAGUAUAAAGCUAGUAUAA